AUGCGUGAAUUCUACAUAGCCGACUCCGUCCCCAACGUUCAGUGGCUGAGCCGGCGUCCAUUAGAGGGGGGCACCCGUCGGGCCGCGUGCCCGCCGAGUGUAGAUUCGCCGCCGUCGGUCGCGGCAACCCUCGAGAUAAUAUCACGGGCCCGAUGCGAAGCCGGCGUGUGUCAAGCGGGGCGCGUCACUAACUCACCAGUGCGCCGCCGCCUUACGCUUACGUCGCGUAUCAUUCGCACAGCGGACUCCGCGCCGAGCACACGUCCCGACCGCACGGAACGCGAGCGCUCACACGAUCAGCUGUUCGCGAAAGCGAUCGCCCGCGCCCGCUUCGCCGUCCAACUCCCCGGCGUGCACCCGUCGCCG